ACGACACGUUUAAAUUUAGCUUUGAACGCCUGAGAUCCUGGCAGCAUGAAACAGAGUGUCGGUUCUUCCCCGGUGUUAAUGAUCGCAGACUGAAACAACUUCUCACCAGAACAGAAAAAUCUACAAGCCGAGCCAGAUCAGCGACUUUAAAUGGAAAGUGAUGAAAAUCAUAUUUUUCCACGUGUUGAACAGUUGUUUUUAUUCCUGAGGAUUAAACUGUGCUGCAGAAAAGGCACCUCAAGAAAAACAUUAUCCAGAGGACACCGCCCACUGCAACUCAUACUUGGAUUUUUUUUUUUUGAGAAAAUGGAUAGCCAGAAAAUCAGGGACUAUGACACCAUCACUUCUUUCCUUGGAUCCUGGGGACCCUUUCAGAUGAGGAUUUUUUUAGCACUUGCCGUCAGCAUUAUUCCAAAUGGAUUCGUUGGUGUCUACAUCGUCUUUGUAGGUGACACCCCAACUCAUGAAUGCCACAUCCCAGAAAACGCAAGCAUCAGCGAGAUGUGGAGAAAUGUGGCAAUCCCACUGGAAACAGUUGAUGGAGUCACAAAGCACAGUUCUUGCUGGAGGCUUAAUCUGGAAACAGUCAGGAACUACUCUCAAAAGAACGCUAUCCCAAAUGUAGAUGUGAACGUGAGUGAUAUUCCCUGGGAGAAGUGUCUGGAUGGAUGGACAUACAGCAAAGAAGUCUACCAGUCAACUAUUGUUACAGAGUGGAACUUGGUGUGUGAGAAUCAAUACAAAAACCCACUGACUACCUCGAUUCAUUACAUCGGAGUGCUGUUAGGAGUUCUGUUCUCAGGCCAACUGUCUGACAAAUUUGGAAGGAAGCCCAUCCUUUUUGUCAUGAUGGCUGUUCAAACUGUGGGGCUCACAGCACAGAUCUUCUCUCCAAGCUGGGAGACCUUUCUCCUAAUUUUCUUUUUUGUUGGUGCUGGGGGAUACUCCAACUAUGUAAUUGCAUUUGUUUUGGGAGCCGAAGUUCUAAGCCCUAAAACCAGGGUGGUUUUUGGCUCACUUGGAGUAUUUAUGAGCUCAGCUUUGGGAUACAUGGCAAUGCCAGCAGUAGCCUUCUUUCUCCGUGAAUGGCGGAUGCUGCUAAUUCCUAUGGCUGCCUCUGGCCUGAUCUACAUCCCUUUGUGGUGGUUUAUCCCAGAGUCUCCUCGCUGGCUGCUGUCUCAAGGGAGAGUAACCGAAGCUGAAUCUAUUCUUAAACAAGCAGCAAAGCUAAAUAAAGUAGAGGCUCCAGAAGCCAUUUUUACACAGCUGGAGAUUGAAAAGGUUUUGACCAUGCGAGAGAAGAGAUUUAAUAUUUUGGUCCUUCUGAAAAACUGCAAUAUUUUCACUACAGUAUUGCUUUGUUCAAGUCUGUGGAUGAUCGUCGCCAUGAACUACUUUGCUUUAAUCCUCAACACUUCAAACCUACACGGCGACCUUUACAUCAACUGCUUCCUGUCUGCUGCCACAGAGGUUCCAGCAUACAUUAUUGUCCUCUUGCUGCUCCACUAUUCCCCCAGACGCCUCUGUCAGUCUUUAACACUCUUACUUGGAGGGAUUAUGAUUGUUUGUGUUAAUCUUAUUCCCAUAGAUUUACCUGGUGUGGCUGUGCUACUCGAGAUGGUAGGAAAAUUCGGCAUCACAUCGGCCUUCUGUGUUUUGUACGCCUUCACGACAGAGCUCUUCCCUACCAUAAUCAGGAACACAGCCAUUGGAUGUUGUUCCACAGCUGCACGGAUCAGUACCAUCAUCUCCCCCUUUAUCAUUUAUCUGGGGCAAUACUUCAGGGCUCUUCCAUACAUAGUGAUGGGUGUUACAGCCAUUUCUGGUUCUGCGUUCUGCUUCAUGCUGCCAGAAACUCAUGAGAAAGCUUUGCCGGAGACCCUAUCAGAUAUGCAGCAGGUAUAUGGGAAUUGUGGUGAAAAGGAAAAGGAAGCAGAAAAUGAAGAGAACACACAUAUUUAGUGGGAAUGGAUACCAGUUUCCAAAGGACAAGAUUGCUGAGAACUCCCCACAUCUAUGUCUGCUGAGACAAAAGGAAGGAAAGGAGACUGAGACAGAUUGUGGGCAUCAUAUAUGCCUGCAUAAUGUACAGUCAGCAAAAAUAGAGGGCAUUUUAGACAUAUAGAAAGUUUCACAUGUUUUUCUGUGGUUCUUGUUGUUCGUUGUGGAUUUGGGGUUCAUAUUGUUAAGUGGAUACAGUGUCUAGCCUAUGUAUUCAUACCUCUUGAACUUUUUCACAUUUUGUCUCCUUACACACACUUCGACUCAUUUUAGUGUGACAGACCAACACAAAAGACCAUAUGAUUGUAUAAUUGUGAAGUGGAAGGAAAAUAGUACAUGGUUUUCAUGUCUUUUACAAUAAACCUUGUGAAAAGUGCAUUUGUAAUCAUUUUGUUGGGAUUAGAACUACAAGUCCUUUGGGCCAAGCCCACAAGGUGUGGCCAAUUCCAGCCCUUACUGUAUGUGCUGUGCAUGUUUUGGAUGUUCCACUGGUUCAACACACCUGAAUCAAAUGAAUGUUUCUUUAUGAGGAGUCAUCAGAACUUGAGGACAUGAGUUCUUGAGCAGGUAAUUCAACCGUUGAUUUAGCUGCAUUGGACCAGAAACACAUCUAAAACAUACAGGACAGGAAUUCUUAAGGACUGGAUUUGGCCACCCCUGAUUUAAGCAUUCCACUGUUAUUCUGACUGUAUGUUCCGGUUUGUUCUGUCGGGAGACGAACAUUUCAGAAAAAAACAUCCCCACAGCAUAAUGCUGCCAACAUCAUGUUUUACCUUAGGGAUUGUGUGUUCAGAGUGUUCGUUUUCCGCCACACACAGUGUUUCACAAAGUAUAAUUUUGCUCUUGGCUGACUAGAGUACCUCCUUCCACACAUUUGUUGUACCCCAGACAGGGCUUUUGAAAAACUGUAGAAGGGCUUACUUAUGGCUUUCUUUCAACGUUUGCCAAAGAGUCCCGACACUCUUUCAUUAAGGCCAGAUUUGUGGAGUGCACAACUAUUAGCUGUCCUGUAAACGGAUUCUCCCGCCUUAACUUUGAAUCUCUGCAGCUCCUCCAGAAUUACUGAGGGCCUCUUAAGUGCUUCUUGAAAUAAUGCUGUCCUUACCCAGGUUGUCAGUUUAGGUGGAUGCUCAUGUCUUGGUAAAUUAGGAAUAACUUGUCUUUAUGCCUGACUUGUUUGGUGUGUUCCUUGGUCUAGCAAACAUCUGAUGUCUUCACAGAACAGCAGGAUUUAUACUGAGAUUUAAUUACACACAAGUAGAUGAAGAUGAAGUAGAUGACUCCUGAAUGCAACUGGUUGCACCACAUUUUAUUAAGGGGCGUCUGACUAAAUGAACCUAGAGACAAAUGCAAGGCAUACCUCUUACACUUCUUCCGUUUCUGUUCACGAUUAUCCACUACUUUGUGUUGGUCUAUAAAUAGCACUUUAAUACCCUAUAUGGCCUGUAUUUUUUUAUAUAAGUGCUGCUGACCUGGUGUUUUAAUAAAGGACUUCACCCUCAUUGGACCACAUAUAUACUAAGUGUAUCAUGUCAAACAUUGCACACAAUCUUCAAAAGUGUUAAUAUUAUGGAAUUAGUUUAUGAUUGAUACACUGAUUACCCAUUUACUUUGCUAAGAAUAAAAAAAUUUUAACCUUUU